AUGGCCUGGUCUGAAGUGGUGGCAGACAAUGGGACCGCUGAGAUAAGUACGACAAUGGGCAGGCGGCAAUGGCAAUUUUCCUGCAACGCCCAUUGCCGCCCGCCCCCAUUGCCGCACUCCCCCAUCCCCGCACUGCGUCCCUCCUUCCCAACUCUACCCCAGGCGCGUCCCAGCAUGAGUCGGUCGGAAGUGGUGGCGGACAAUGGCACUCCCGAGAUAGACUCCACUUCCCUGCACUGCUCCAUUGUCGCACUCCCCCAUCCCUCCACUGCGUCCCCCCUCCACACCACACCCCCUCCUUCCCCAGGACAUUACCCCCGGCACGACCCAACAUGGCUCGCUCGAAGUGGUGGCGGAGAAUGGGACCGAGAAGACAGACACCGUUCCCCUGCGCUGCCCCAUCGCUGCACUUCCCCGUCCCUCCCUUGUGCGCGGCCCAACAUGACGCGCUCGGAGGUGGUGGCAGACAAUGGCACCGAAGAGAUAGACCCCAUUCGCACCAGCUACGGAACUUUUCUGGAAACUGCCCAGGAUGACGUCAUCAAGCGCAUUGAAGACCGCAUUGCUACCUGGACCUUCCUUGCCCCUGAGAACCAGGAGUCGAUGCAGGUGCUGCGGUACGCUGUGGGGCAGAAAUACGAUGCUCACCACGACUUCUUUGAGGAGGAUGAGAAGCAGCAGCAGGGCGGCCACCGCUACGCCACUGUGCUCAUGUACCUCACUGAUGGGUUCCAUGGGGGGGAGACCGUGUUUCCAGACUCUGAGAAGGACAAGCAAGAGAAGGACGACACGUGGUCUGACUGUGGCAAGCAGGGUGUUGCAGCCAAGCCAGUGAAGGGCGAUGCACUGCUUUUCUUUUCCCUGAAACCUUCCGCUGAGCCCGACCUUGCCUCUCUCCACGCGGGCUGCCCCGUGCUGGCCGGGGAGAAAUGGUCCGCCACCAAGUGGAUCCACGUUCGCUCCUUCGAGGAAGAAGAGGAUGGGGGGGAAGAAGGCGGGAAGGUAUCUUCUCACUCGCACCCGCCUGGCGCGUGUGUGGAUGAGAGUGAGCAUUGUCCUUUUCCUCACAGUCGCCGCCCGAUCGCGCGGCCUCGCUACCGCGUUUCCGCAGUAGCGGCGGCAGCCGCAAUUGAGGUCGCGAGGCCCCUCCCAUCCUUUGCAGGUGACGAGGAUAGGGUUGAAAAUGAUGAGGAUGAAUGUGACAUUGAGGGGUGCGAAAGAGAAGAGGAAUUGCCCAUCGAGAUAGAUUUUGCAAUGAGGGCGUGA